AUCACGGGCUACCCACAUCCCCAAGGUGACUCAGAUCUCUACAAUGUUCAGCCCAGAGACUGGGAUCUGGAUCAAGAAAAUUCAGCCUGCUUUGCUGGAACCUAGAUGGACUGGUCCCCUGCCUGUGAUCCUCACCACUUUGACGGCCCUUAAGGUGACAGGUCGCCAUUUCUGGAUUGAUCACACCCAGUUAAAGAAGACACACCCCAACCAGAUACCAGAAAAAUGGACCCUUCAAUGGACAGACGAUCCUUUAAAGCACGCCUUGGUCUUCCCAGCCUGGUCCCGGUCUUUGGAGAGCGAUGCCGCUUCCCGACACCAUGUUCUGCGCGCAACAGAUCCACAUCCCCCCGGAGCUGCCGGACAUCCUGAAGCAGUUCACCAAGGCAGCGAUCCGCACCCAGCCCGCCGACGUGCUGCAGUGGUCCGCGGGGUAUUUCUCAGCUUUGUCAAGAGGAGAUCCACUUCCUGUAAAGGACAGAAUUGAAAUGCCUGUGGCCACGCAGAAAACAGACACUGGCCUGACUCAAGGAAUGCUUAAAGUGUUGCACAAGCAGUGUGGCCAUAAGCAAUAUGUGGAGUUAGCUGACCUUGAGCAGAAAUGGAAAAAUUUGUGCCUGCCAAUUGAAAAAUUCAGAGCCAUCUUGCAGUUGGAUCCUUGUGACCACAAAGUGGAGUGGAUAAAAUUUUUAGCGCUUGGAUGUAGCAUGCUUGGUGGGUCCUUGAAUACCACGAUGAAGAACCUGUGCGAGAUCCUGACCAGUGACCCGGAGGGGGGGCCUGCACGAAUCCCCUUUCAGACUUUCUCCUACGUGUACCGUUACCUGUCCAAACUGGACUCGGAUGUUCACACUGCAGACACGGAAUCCUAUCUGGCCUCUCUACAAGAGAAAGUAGACUCUAGAAAGAAUGUCAUGAUAGGACUUUCGGAUUUCUUCUUUCUAAAGAGGAAAAUUUAAAAAACCUCGAGCAGAAAACUCGGAAGACAUGCCAUUAACACGGAGAAAAACACAUUUUAAUGUCAAAGGAGUGCUUUUUAAAGCCUUGGCACCAAUUACAACUUGUCAUUAACUACAUGCAUACGUUGCGUGACUU